CGACUCCCACUCACUCACAUCACCGACUCCAAAUCAGCAUCAACAAUCUUCAUCAGCGCGCAAUUGGUACCUCUCACGACUCUAUUAUCAUAUUACAUAUCAGAAUUGCGUGUUUAAAGAUCGAUACACUCACAGGAUUCAGCUACGACAUCACGUUCUACACCGAAGGUUACUGACGCUGAGACGAGGAGAGCGGAAGUUGGGAAGGGAGUGCGCCAGCUGGGGUCAAAUUGCAGCGCAAGCUCAGACUGGGGAGAUCAUCGGAUAGGAGGUCGACGGUGAUGGCAGAGAGCUGUUGACUGGAGCUGUUCUGGUUGCGACCCCCCAAGUCGAACACGCCAACCCACAUCGUGGGAGUCGAGCUGCUUGACCUAACUCAUCGACUCGGCACUUUUGUCAACUAAAACUCAGAAUCGGGAAUUGCGUGCGAUUUUUAUUCAUCCAUCGCUCACAAUUCGAACCACCAUUCAAAAAUCAUCACCCGUUUCAUCAACCUCAUCCCAAGCACUCUCAGAAUGGCGCCAACGCCGGCUUACUUCCAGGCCCUCCUGAGGCCAGCAGUCCUUCAGAUCCUUCGCGCAACCGGUUACCACGCAAUGAAGCCUUCAGUAUUGGAUUUUGUCACGCAACUAGCAGCUGCCUACCUCGACCGACUAUGCUUCCUCACGGCCAAGCACGCCACCCUCAACAGCCACGCUCUAGAUGGCUUCACAGACGAGGACGAAAUCCUCUUUGAGCUCAAUAACGGCACAUUCAUCGCGCCAGACGGCCCAUUUCUUAACCCCUACUCCGACUAUGUCCCACCACCAAGCGUAACCAGCCCUUCAGUCGCCACACCAUCAGUAGUAGACGUGCGGAUGGCGCUUCAAGAAGUCGGUGCUUUACUACCGGAGAAGUCCCAACAGGAGCAAGACUACCUCGGAAUCGAGGACAUGAGAGGAGUGGAGGCAUUUAUAGCCUGGGCGAUGGGGCCAAUCAACAAGGAGAUUCAGAGGAUAGCGCUUGAUGGAAAUGAUGAGGCGAAGGAUUAUCUUGACGCCCUUAUAAAGAAACACAGCAAAGGAGCGGACGACACCAAAUUUCUUGGCACACUUCUAGGCCGACCAAUCGAGCAAGGAGAGGUAGCUAUUGAGGGAGGAGGCCCGACAAGCAUCAGAGAGUGGGAGGAGAUACGAAAAAAGGCGGCCGAGAGACCGACACCACCACCGUUGGAGAACCAUAACCUCAUAAAUGACGACGGGGAAGAUUCACGUCCGGGCAGUUCGGGGCUUAGUUCGCUUGCGGAUGAGGACGUGGAUAUGGAUCUGGACAUUGGGAUUGGCAUGGGUGGUGUGGGAAAUGGGGUUGAGAUGGAUGACUCGGGGGCUUAGAAGACUGGGAAGGAAUCUGUCUCUAGUCCUCCAACGCUGGGAAGGGAGAGUGUGAGUACUGAGGGAGAGGGUGGAGCGGAGGAGGCGGGGGCAGUGAAUGAUUGUGAGACAUUUUGCUCGUCUGAUGGGAGCUUUUUCGUGUUGGGGUCGGUAGAAGUUUGAUUUCAGGCUUGCAAAUUGAGCAAGAGGAGAAGAAGCAUGGGUACCGGCGCGUUUGUUUAGAUACCAUUUUUGAGUUGCUGGGCCAGGCAGGGAAAAUACAGGCAUAGCGAGUGGCGUUUUUUUUUUUGGGGGGGGUGAUUUGCGGAAGACAAGAGGAUAUCUAGGUACUCGGGGGUGCUAUUUCACUUUGCGCAAAGGAGGGGUUCUGGAGGUAGCACGAAUAGAAGCUGGAGCAGAUACACUGAUUGAAUGGGCCAGUUUAAUGUUGAGGAAGGGAUAGGACUGAAAGUAACGACAGAAAUAGCGUGUUGUAAUAUUGAUGUAUAAUGGCGCCCUCACCACAAAUAUUUGGCACAGUGAAAGUAGAUCAACCCAU